AUGAUUUCCGCGGGCCUUGAGCCCUGGGCUGACCAUGCCCGGCCGAUCGAGGAGGCCACCACGCUGCCUGCGAGCUGGUACACCUCCCCUUUGACCCCAGCAAGAGAGCAGGCGCGGGUGUUUGGCCGCAGUUGGCAGCUGGUGGGCCAUGUGGGCCAGGUGGCGCAGCCAGGGCAGUACUUUACCGGCACGCUUCCCCCUUGGCGGUACGUUGUGGCACGCGGCGACGACGGGAAGCUGCGGGCGUUCCACAACGUGUGCCGCCACCAUGCGGCGGCGGUUGCUGGUGGCUGCGGCCAGGGGGACGAGUGGGUGUGCCCCUACCACGGCUGGACGUAUGACACGCGCGGCCGGCUGCGCAAGGCGCCGCGCGUCAAGGGCAUAAAGGACUUCAGGGCGGCAGAGUGGGGGCUAAGACCCAUAGCCCUGGACACAUGGGGGCCGUUCGUCUUCCUCUGGAUGGGCGACGGCAGCGGCAGGAGCAGCAGCAGUAGCAGCAGCAGCAGCGGCGGUGUCAGCUCAUCGGCCCCGCCGCCUUUGGAAGAGUGGCUGGGCUCGGCCGGCGAGCGCAUGAGUGCUCUGGGGUUGGCUGAACCGAUGGUGCACGUAGCACAACGGACAUACGAGCUGCGGUGCAACUGGAAGGUGUUCUGUGACAACUACCUCGACGGCGGCUACCACGUGCCCAUAGCCCACCCCGGGCUGGCGGCCCAGCUGGACCUGGGGGGCUACCGCAGCGAGCUGCACCCCCGCCUGUCACUGCAGACGUGCGACCCGGGGGCGUCCGCCGACGGCCGCGUUGGCGGCGGCCGGCCGGCUGGCUACUUCUUCCUGUACCCCAACAUCAUGGUCAACCGCUACGGCCCCUGGAUGGACACAAACGUGGUCGUGCCCGCGGACAGCCGGUCGCCCGACCGCUGCAGGGUGCGGUUUGACUGGUGGCUGCAGGCGGACGCCCUCGAGCGGCUCCUGGCAGGCGGCGGCGGCGUGCAGCAGCAGGGUCGAGAGGGGGAGGGCGGCCGCAGCGGCGACGAUGGCGGGGGCGCUGUGGAGGUGGAGGAGGCUGUGGCGGGGAUAGAGUUCACACACUCGGGCGCGGCGGUGCUGCCCUUUGUCAGGGAGAGCCUCGCCAGCAGUCACCAAGUGCAGGUUGAGGACAUUGGGCUGUGUGAGGCGGUGCAGUUGGGACUGGAGGAGCCCGCAUACGGCGUCGGCAGGUACGCCCCAAGCCUGGAACAGCCCAUGUUCCACUUCCACCAGCUGCUUCACCAAGCCAUUGUGGGAGCGGGCGACAGCAAUGUUGACUCCAGCAGCAGCAGAUUCAGCUUCAGCAGCAAGAAAGUGUAG